AUGAUAGACCCUGUUAUCAGCCAAAGCCCAGAAAUCCCCUUCACUGACUAUUCGCGGUGGCGUUUGCGACUGGGAGAAGGCGGGCGGCACACAUGGCAUUACCUCAAAGCUGAAGAAGAACACGAAGAAUGGCCUCAGACGGACAUUGACCGGUAUUGGCUAGGUCUCCCCCUCGUAAGCUCGAAGAAACUUGUCACAAUCAAACCUGCGGAGGACGCGUUUGAGGCAGCCAGGCGGGGCUUUGAGUUCGUGAAGCACAUUCAAGCGCCCGACGGUCAUCUACCGGGAGAGUACAGCGGGCCAAUGUUCUUGCUUCCUGGCAUGGUCAUUGGUUCAUACGCGUCGGGGCAAUGGUUCGAGGAGGAGGAACGCUUGGAGAUGAUUCGGUACCUGCUCAAUCGCGCUCACCCGGAAGAUGGAGGGUGGGGGAUACAUGUUGAAGGGCCCUCAACCGUGCUGGGAACAGCACUCAAUUAUUGCGCCCUUCGUCUACUCGGUGUUGACAAGGAUCACCCAGCUGCUGUAAAGGCCCGCGACACACUGCAUAAGCUCGGUGGCGCUGUUGCUUCACCGUCCUGGGGAAAGUUCUGGAUGUCUGUACUAAAUGUAUAUGAGUGGGAGGGGAAUAACCCUAUUCCACCUGAAUUAUGGGGAGUUUAUCUUGAGUUACUUCCUGACUGGGUUCCUAUCCACCCUUGGCGCUGGUGGAUACACACUCGCGCAGUAUAUAUCCCAAUGAGCUAUCUCUAUCGCGUUCAGUUUAAAGUUGAAGAGACACCACUCAUUCUGUCGCUGCGAGAGGCAAGUGUCUUGCGCACAAUCCUCGUUUCCGAGACUAACCUUCCGCAGGAGCUAUACACAACGCCAUAUAGGUUUAUCGACUGGCCAGCACAACGCAACAACAUCGCCCAGAUUGAUUUGUAUGCCCCUCAUACCGUGGCGCUGGAUAUUCUAAACACGCUGCUCAGCCUAACGGUGGAAUCCUGCACGAUCCCCGCUAUUCAAAGACGCGCACUUGAUAGGGUAUACGAGUUAAUCUGUAAGGAGGACGAGAAUACUUGUUAUCAAGACAUCGCGCCCAUGUCGAAAAUGAUGCAAAUGCCGUCCGGAAGCACGCGGAAAACUAGGGCCGAUUUCAUGUGGGUGCGACCAGAUGGGAUGUGCGUUCGAGGAACGAACGGGAGUCAACUUUGGGACACAGGCUUUGCGGCGCAAGCGGUUGUGGAGACCGGGCUAGCCGAUUUGGAGGAGAACAAAGCGUCGACGCUCAAUAUCCUCACAUGGAUAGUUGAUUCGCAGAUGACGGAGAAUCCGAAACACUACGAGUCCGCGUACAGACACUCGACGAAAGGAGCAUGGGGAUUCAGCACCAAGGAGCAGAAUUACACCCUCUCGGAUUGUACGGGCGAAGGCCUGAAGGCGGUUCUAUAUUUGCAGAACAAAUGGAGUGACUCCCCGAAACUGAUGUCUGAUCGACGAAUAUUUGAUUCUGUUGACCUCAUGAUCGGGUUGCAGAACAGUGAUGGUGGAUUCGCGAGCUAUGAGAAAAUCCGUGGGCCUCGCAUCUUGGAGGCGCUCAAUCCAUCGGAGGUGUUCGGCGACAUCAUGGUCGAGUUCAACUAUCCUGAAUGCACCACAUCAGUCAUCACCGCUCUGAGCGUGUUCCGUAAAUACUACCCCGAAUAUCGCAAACACGACAUCAGCCGUGUAGUAUCCAAAGCGAUCAACUUCUUGCACAAGGCACAACGGCCCGAAGGGGGUUGGUUUGGAUCAUGGGGCAUCUGCUUUACGUACGCCACGAUGUUCGCAUUGGAGAGCUUAGCCUUGGUCGGAGAGACCUAUGCAACAAGCGAAUCCGCUAGAAGGGCUUGUGAGUUCUUGCUUGACAAGCAGAUGGACGACGGCGGCUGGGGCGAGACAUACAAGUCUUGUGAAACCGAGAUAUAUCAUUGUCAUGAGCGCUCGCAGGUCGUGCAGACCUCUUGGGCAGCGUUGGCGCUCAUGUUCGCCCAGUAUCCUCGGCGUAAGCCUAUUGCGCGAGCGGUGAAACUUGUCAUGUCGCGGCAACUACCUGACGGUUCUUGGGAACAGGAAGCCAUUGAAGGCAUCUUCAACAAAACGUGUACGAUCACGUAUCCUAACUUCAAGCUUGUCUUUACAGUCUGGAUGCUUGGUCUCGCUCACAAGUACCUGCAACGAACUGAUCUAGAGUAA